GUCGAAGUGUAAACGCUAAGACGACGAACUUGACAUUGCGCUGCCCCAACGCAUCGCAAUCGAGUUUCACGCACACCCGUACCACUGCAAAGUGCGCCCGCCGCGUCCAGCAAUCGAAAUCGAGCGUUUGCGGCUGCCCGCGCGCGCGCGCGGCGCCUGAACAGUUGCCUGGAAGGGCGGCAGUGUUCGCAACGCGCGCGCGGCGCGGUCGUAACGGCGCCCGCGCACCCACACGCGACCGGGACACCCACACGCGCCACGACAACACACACUGCACCAUGGCAGCCCACAACACGCGCGCCGCGAUGACGUCGACGCGACCGCAGGCAACCCCAACGCAACCAUGGGCAAGGGCGGCGAGAUGAACACGGGCAAGGGCGACGAAUCUGGUGGGUAUGAGAACCCGAACUACCCCGUCGUCAUCGGCGAGGACGGCGUGCCGCGCAUCGGCGCCUGCGCCGUCGACCCCCUCCAGUCCUUCAAGAGUACGGAACUGCAGCUCUGGCCCAUCUUCGGGAACAAGUUGAGUUUUGCGCGGCCGCACAUGCGCGCGUUCCACUUCCAGUGGUUGUCAUUUUUUAUGGCCUUCAUGGUCUGGUUCGCCUACGCGCCGUUGUUAGUUGUGAUCCGCCAGGACCUCAACAUCGCCAAAAAGGGCAUCUGGAUGUCGAACGUGUUCAAUGUUGCCGCUUGUGUGGUUGCUAGAUUCGUCGUCGGCCCUCUGGGCGACGUCUACGGCUCGGUCAAGGUCCAGACGGCCUUGCUGGCCUUCUGCGGCAUCUGCACGUUCUUCGCGGGCUUCGUCAACUCGCUCGCCGAGUUGUGCCUCAUGCGCUUCCUCAUCGGUGUUGGGGGCGCGACCUUCGUCAUCACGCAGCUCUGGUCCAGUGAAAUGUUCGCCAAAAAUGUGGUAGGCGCGGCGAACGCCAUGACCGGCGGCUGGGGCAACUGCGGCGGCGGCAUGGCCAUCAUGAUCAUGGGCUACAUCUACGAGGGCUUCCGCGACGAGGGCAUGUCGCAGGAGAACGCCUGGCGCCGGUCCUUCUACAUCCCCGCCGUCGCCGUGAUGCUCGUCUCGGUCUGCAUGUUCUUCUUCUCGGACGAGUGCCCCUCGGGCAAGCUGAGCGACGCCCUGGCCGCGGGCAAGCGCGAGAAGGUCACCGUCAAGGAAUCGACGCGCGGCGGCUUCACUAAUUUAAACUCGUGGAUCCUCUUCGUGCAGUACGCGACGUGCUUCGGUAUUGAAUUACACAUCAACAACGGCAUGGCCAUGUACUUCAAGGACACCUAUCCGGUUUCUCUCGCGACGGCGGGCCUCAUCGCGUCGUUGUUCGGCUGGAUGAAUUUGUUCGCGCGCGGCCUCGGCGGCUACUUCUCGGACCUCGCGAACGCGAAACUCGGCAUGCAGGGCCGCAUCAUCGUGCACACGCUGUACUUGCUCGCGGAGGGCGCGAUCCUCGUCAUCUUCUCGCGCGUGGACUCGAUCGCGCACGCCAUCAUCACUUUGGUGUUAUUCUCGUGCUGCGUCCAGGCCGCGGAAGGCACGACGUUCGCGAUCGUGCCCUACGUUGCGCCCAAGGCGCUGGGCAGCGUCUCGGGCGUCGUCGGCGCGGGCGGUAAUGUGGGUGCCGUGGUCUGGGGCCUCAUGUUCAUGUUCGGCGACUCGGGCAAGACGGGCUACCGCAACUUGGGCAUCAUCAUCAUGGCCUCUGCUUUGUUGUCGGUCUUCAUCAAGAUCAAGGGCGCUGGCAGUCUCUUCGGCAACGACGACUCGACUGAGGGGGAUGAGGCGCCGGCGGCCAAGGGCGAGGAGAUCUGAAUUUCAGGUUUUGAUUGACGUUGUACAUACGCGCGCCGCCCGUACCUUACACAUGUGAGGCCCCUGGCGCGCCCCCUUGUCGGUUGGUUUGCUCGCCUGUCCCCUCCAUUCGAGCUGUUCUGUACAUAUUCGAGCCCGACCCCUGCAUAAGAAAAAUUCAAAAA